AUGCCUAAGGAGUGGCCCAAAAUCGCUAAACUUGAGACCUUCAUCCCCAGUGCCCAAGGGUCUGGAGGAGAUUAUCACCGACAAGGAAAAGGCCAUUGGAUCAUCCAAGGUGAUAUAUCAUGCCCUAUGCAUUCAUACCCUGACUGGAGGGAGUCCCGUGCCAAGUGGGGUAUCGGAGUGCUCGGAAGUCUUUUCGUAAAAUUGACCGCUACCGAUGGUACUGUUGGUUACGCUACUGGAUUCGGUGGACCCCCUGCUUGUUGGCUGAUUGAAGAGCAUUUUGCAAGAUUCGUAGUUGGUCAAGAUCCUAGAGAUACCAACAUGAUCUGGGAUCAAAUGUUCAAAGCUUCCAUGUUCUACGGAAGAAAGGGUCUUCCUCUUGCUGCCAUUUCAGUUGUCGAUCUUGCUCUGUGGGACUUGCAAGGUAAAAUUCGAGGCGAACCCAUCUACAAGAUGAUUGGGGGUCGAACCAAAAAAGAUAUCCCUCUUUAUCUCACAGGUCCUCAGAGUGCUUCCGCAAAGAAACUCGGUUUCUGGGGUAGCAAAGUCCCUCUUCCCCAUGGUCCUCCAGAUGGUGAAGAAGGUAUCCGAAAGAAUGUUGCCUUCCUUAAGAGCAAGAGAGAUGAAGUAGGACCUGAUUAUCCCAUCAUGGUUGACUGUUGGAUGUCUCUUACUGUUCCUUACACCUUGAGAUUAGUCAAAGCUGUCGAAGAUGCUGGUGUUGCAAUUCAUUGGUGGGAAGAAGUACUGCACCCCGAUGACUUUGAUGGGCACAGAACCCUUAAGAAGGCCUUCCCUCAUAUCCUAUUCACCACCGGAGAACACGAAUACUCCAAGUAUGGUUUCCGGAAGCUCAUCGAGGAUCGAUCUAUUGACAUUCUCCAACCCGAUGUCAUGUGGCUUGGUGGUUUGACCGAGUUGAUCAAGGUUGCGUCUAUGGCUGCCGCUUAUGACAUCCCCGUCGUCCCUCAUGGCUCUGGUCCUUAUUCUUUCCAUGCUAUCAUGAGUUUCCCCAACUCCGACUUCUGUGAAUAUAUCGCAAACUCACCCGAUGGACACACUGUCUGGCCUUCAUUUGGUAAUCUUUUCACCAACGAAGUCCUCCCCGUUAAUGGAAGAGUAAAUCUUACUGACGAGCCCGGAUUUGGUUUGGAGCUCAACCCUAACGCAGACUUGGUACCGUACUCCGCGUUUUUCAAGCCUGCAAAAGGCAUCGGAUAUGCCAAUGAGAAACCCGAGGAAAUUCAACCCCAAAACAUCCCCGAUGCCGUGUGA